UGAAGUGAAACAUUACAUUAGACUGUGCCGUUCUUUAGAAAAUGGGAGGGAACACGAAAGCAGAGAGGUGAAGUGGAUAACGUUUUGCUCUGCUCUGCAGUUGAUCGGAACGGUAGCUAAAAUGGCGAAUUCCAUCUCCUUCCAUCACCCCACUCACCGGUUCAUUUCCUGCCCGCAGGUCAAGGAUUUCCGGUCUUUUCCGUCACCAAGAUUCACCUACAAUUCUUCCACUUCCCCUAAAACCAGACUCCGGCCGAUUAAAGCUGCAACUGGACUCCCUGCAUUUCCUCUUCUUCAACCUCCCAAAGCGGACGAAUCUCCUUCUGAGUUGGAACCAGCAGACCCUGAUUUCUAUAAGAUAGGAUAUGUUAGAAGUAUGCGAGCUUAUGGAAUUGAAUUCAAAGAAGGACCUGAUGGAUUUGGUGUUUAUGCUUCCAAAGAUGUUGAACCUCUUCGUCGUGCUAGGGUAAUUAUGGAAAUUCCUUUAGAAAUAAUGUUAACCAUAAGCCAGAAACUCCCGUGGAUGUUUUUCCCCGAUAUAAUCCCAGUGGGUCAUCCAAUAUUUGAUAUUAUUAACUCGACAGAUCCAGAGACAGAUUGGGAUUUAAGGUUAGCGUGUCUUCUGUUGUAUGCAUUUGAUCGAGAGGACAACUUUUGGCAGCUCUAUGGUGAUUUUCUACCAAGUAUUGACGAAUGUACAAGCUUGCUUCUAGCCUCUGAGGAAGAACUUUCGGAGCUGCAGGAUCAAAACCUUGCUUCAACCAUCAGAGAUCAGCAACGUCGUGCUUUAGAGUUCUGGGAAAGGAACUGGCACAGUGGUGUACCUCUUAAAAUUAAGAGGCUUGCUCGAGAUCCUAAAAGAUUCAUUUGGGCUGUGAGUAUAGCACAAUCGCGAUGCAUAAACAUGGAAACAAGGAUUGGAGCCCUAGUACAAAAUGCAAAUAUGCUAAUUCCUUAUGCUGAUAUGCUGAACCAUUCUUUUGAGCCCAAUUGCUUUUUCCACUGGCGUUUUAAGGAUCGGAUGCUUGAGGUGAUGAUAAAUGCUGGGCAGCAGAUCAAAAAAGGGCAAGAGAUGACCGUCAAUUACAUGAAUGGGCAACAGAACAACAUGUUUCUGCAGAGAUAUGGUUUUUCAUCUCCUGUGAACCCUUGGGAUAUGAUCAAGUUCUCUGGCAAUGCAUGUAUUCACCUAGAUUCAUUCUUAUCUGUUUUCAAUAUAGCUGGGCUUCCUGAAAAUUACUACUACAACGCGAUAGCAGGUCGCUUAUCUAAAAAGGAAGACACAUUUGUUGACGGAGCAGUAAUUGCAGCAGCAAGAUCUCUGCCUUCAUGGUCCGAUGGGGAUAUCCCACCAAGCCCAAGCAGGGAGAGGAAAGCAGUUAAAGAGCUACAAGAAGAGUGCCAACGGAUGCUCGCAGCAUUUCCGACCACAUCAGAAAAAGACCAAAAAUUGCUAGAUUCAAUGUCACAAGCUACCAGGACGCUAGAAGCCUCGAUCAAAUAUAGAUUACACCGAAAGUUGUUCAUAAAGAAAGUCAUCAAGGCAUUGGAUGUUUAUCAAGAGCGGAUACUCUUCUAGUUUUGAAAAUUUUCUACUCCAAUUUGAUGUUAGGAGAUAUUAUUGGUAGCAGCAUGAAAUUGUCAUCAGUUCCUGUAAAGAUUUUUCUGUAGCUUAAGUAAAUUCACUUAAUAGUCAUAGAUGUUUUAUUAAUUGUAGCAUCAAUUGGAAGAAAAUUUGAGAAUCAAA